AUGUCGGCGGUGAUGAUAACACGAAAGGUGCGAAAAUGGGAGAAGCUCCCGGGCAAAAACACUUUCUGCUGCGACGGACGAGUGAUGAUGGCCCGGCAGAAGGGAGUCUUCUACCUGACCCUCUUCCUCAUCACUGGGACCUGCGCCCUCUUCUUCGCUUUCGAAUGUCCGUACUUGGCUGUCAGUCUGUCUCCUGCCAUCCCAGUUUUCGCUGUCCUGCUCUUCCUUUUCGUUAUGGCCAUGCUGUUGAGGACAAGCUUCAGUGACCCCGGGGUGCUACCGAGGGCCCUUCCAGAAGAGGCUACAUUCAUUGAGAUGGAAAUCGAGGCUGCCAAUGGGAAUGUCCCCGCAGGGCAGCGACCCCCGCCUCGAAUUCGCAACGUUCAGAUCAACAAUCAGAUUGUCAAGCUCAAGUACUGCUACACCUGCAAGAUCUUCCGACCACCUCGAGCGUCUCACUGCAGCAUCUGUGACAACUGUGUCGACCGUUUUGAUCACCACUGUCCAUGGGUGGGCAACUGUGUGGGCAAGAGGAACUACAGAUACUUCUACUUGUUUACUCUUUCGCUCUCCCUGCUCACCAUUUAUAUCUUCACCUUUGACAUCGUCCACGUGGUCAUGCGCUCUGUGACUGGUGGCUUCUUGAACACUUUGAAGGAAACACCUGGAACUGUGCUGGAGGUGCUGGUGUGUUUCUUCACCCUGUGGUCAGUGGUGGGACUGACUGGCUUCCACACCUAUCUGAUCUCUCUCAACCAGACCACCAAUGAGGAUAUUAAAGGAUCCUGGUCGGGAAAGAACAGAGGCCAGAACCCUUACAGCCACAAGAACAUCAUCAAAAACUGCUGUGAGGUGCUCUGCGGGCCGACAUACCCAAGUGUCUUGGACAGAAGAGGACUGUUGCAAGAGGAUACACCCAUUCCCUCCAGCAACCCAGUGCCACAAACCACGAAAACCACAGCUCCACUGAUCCCCAACGAGCACACACCUGAUGAUGCCAAGCCGAGCAUUGCUGCCUCAGCAGAGAAGAGCUCCUCCCCCAAAGAGGAGCACCCUGCAGCUACAAAAGUCCCACCCCUGGCUUCACCCGAGACUGAUGCGGAGACAUCCAUCGCCAAGGAGAGGGCCCAUUAGCUGCAUUAGAGGGCGGCUCUCGUCAGGGCUGCUCCUCCAGCAUCCUGCCUGGUCAGGAACUAAAGCAUUUAUAAACAAUGUCUGAUUACUGUGCGGGUGGCUCAGUCAUUCUCCGACUCCUGCCCAUCAAUCCCUCAGAAGAGCGGAGAUUUUGCUGCAGCUUCUCCUCUUCCCUCCAUUUUCCUCACUGGUAGCUGCAGAGCAGUUUGAUUGACACUAGCUCCUGCAGGAGGAGUGAUUAACUGGAAAGUCAGCAGCUUCCCUUCUCCUGAACACUGCAUGGAAAAAAAAAACAUGAAGGGGAAAAAGCUGCUGGGACACCGCAGAAAAGACACUCCCCAAGUGUUCGACAGGCCCACGGUUCACCUGUGGACUUGCUCUCUGUCAGUACUCAAGUACAUUUGUAUUUAAAAUUGCGUAAUGACAUUUAUUAUAAGAGACUAGUUCAAAUAUCCUUGGACAUGUGUAAAACUUCAUACAUACGGUCAGUUUAUGUUCUGCAUACAUUACACACCCUAUGCAAACCACGAAAAGGCUGGAGAUGCAGCUUUGUGAAGAGUGUGGCUAUAAGGGUUUUCACCUUUCAGUCUGAGCACACGACGUCCAGGCAGGAGGAGAACGUGCGAAUCCUUUGCUGAGAAAUUUAUUAAAGGCUCCUUCCAGACAAAGUCUACCUUGUAUUCUGAUACUGCUGCAUUCAGUACUGGUGUCACUUACGCGCAUCUUUUCUUUACAAAGUGAUGUCAUCCAGACCAACGCCCGUCCCUUCAUUUUUUUUUUUUUUAAUAUAAUCAAGGAUGUAGUGUGCCAUCAGCGCUCAGAAGCAGAUAACACUGAGUUACGCACAUUUAAAGUCUCAUAUCCAGGUGAUGUUUAGCUGCAGAGUCCCGUUGAGUGUGAGAAAAGGCCUGAUGACCGUGGAGACACUCGUUGUACCAGUGCCUUAAAGUAAUGGUUGCACCAUCUGUAGCAACUGAGGUUCACCCACAGAGGAGCCCUUCAAAUCGUUGAUCCAGCGCUACCCAUACAGGUGGUCACAACAUAAAUAAAAAGCAUGAAUCUGUUACGUAAUGCUGCAAUUUUUUUUUUUUUUUUACUGAAAAACUGAUUUUUCUUUUUCCAAAUCUGAGAAGGAAUUUAACUGAAAUGGUCACGGCAACCUGUGGUGAGUUGAUGUUGCUGCGUUUUAAAGGAUCGCAGGUCACUGAAACAGACCUUGUGAACAUAAAAAAAAAAAAAAAAACCUAAGCAAAGCCAUCAUUUAACUGUAGAUUGCUUCAGCAGGGAUAGAUGUAGUGAAAAAUCCAGCUGCUGGGUGAGGAUGAAAGAAAGAAGUGUGUAGCCGGAGUUAAUUAUUCAGCCUUUGAGCGCCUCCUGAUCUUCCUCCGAGUCCUCUCUCUUCCUGCGAUGUGUAGAAAAGUCUCAUAUCUUCUUCUUCUCCUUUUACUUGCAGGGUUUUUUUUUUUUUUGUACAGUACGCCCACGA